AUGAAUUCUCUAUUUCUCGGUCGACCUAUAAACAGUCAAGGGGAAGAGCACACACAGAAGGCCUUCGGUUGGGCAGCAAAAGACAACUCUGGAGUUCUCUCCCCAUUUCACUUCACCAGAAGGACCAAUGGAGAUGAUGAUAUUACCUUGAAGAUAUAUUACUGUGGAAUCUGCCAUGCAGACCUUCAAAUUACAAGAGAUAAAUUUGGAUUGGGUCUUUACCCUGUUGUUCCUGGGCACGAGAUCGUGGGGAUAGUGACUCAAGUCGGAUGCAAUGUAGAGAGAUUCAAGAUAGGAGAUAAAGUAGGUGUGGGGUGCAUGGUUGGUUCUUGCCGUGCUUGUGAAAGCUGCCAGCAGGAACUGGAGAGCUAUUGCCCCAAACUGGAAUCUACAUACACCAUGUUUGAUGACGGGACAGGAAAGAAACACUAUGGUGGAUAUUCCGAUAUCCUCGUCGUUAAUGAGCAUUUUGCUGUUCGUUUUCCAGAAAACAUGCCGUUAGAUGCCGGAGCACCGUUACUAUGUGCCGGGAUUACUAUAUAUAGUCCUAUGAAAUACUAUGGACUUGAUAAGUCAGGAAUGCAUUUGGGAGUGCUUGGGCUCGGUGGACUUGGUCAUGUUGCAGUGAGGUUUGCUAAAGCUUUCGGCAUGAAGGUGACUGUGAUCAGUACAUCACCAAACAAAAAGAUGGAAGCCAUUGAACGACUUGGGGCUGAUUUAUUUUUAGUCAGCAAAGAAUCAGACCAAUUGAAGGCUGCGGUCAACACAAUGGAUGGCAUUAUUGAUACGGGUUCUGCACCUCACCCUAUUGGACCUUUGAUUGAUCUAUUGAAGCCUCAGGGGAAGCUGGUGGUGGUGGGUGCACCAGAAAAAUCAGUGGAGCUGCCACUCUUUCCAUUACUAAUGGGGAGGAAGCUAGUUGGGGGAAGUGCAAUAGGAGGGAUGAAAGAAACACAAGAAAUGAUAGAUUUUGCUGGGAAGCACAACAUAGUGGCUGAUAUUGAAAUCAUAUCGAUGGACUAUUUGAACACUGCUAUGGACAGACUUGCAAGAGGAGAUGUUAAAUAUCGAUUUGUCAUUGAUAUUGCUAACACCUUAUGUGAACACUGCUAUGGACCCACUACCAAGUCCAAAUCUUAG